AUGGCAACUAAUAAAGCUUCCCAAGACAAUCGCGGACCAGCAGGUAAUGAAGAGAUUCGUGAAGAGGGGAGUUCAAAUGGCACAGCAACUGAUAAACCUUCCCAAGAAGGUCGUAUCCCAACUAAAGUCAAGACAUCAGUGAAGGUCAAUGAAAAAUAUCGACCGCUGUUUGAAGCCGCAUUGAAAGGUGAUUGGAAAGCUGUCGAGGAAAUCCUUAAUAAAGAUUGUGAAGCAAUCACGGCCGAAGUUAUGACCGUAGAAGAUAAGCACAUUACCGUGCUCGAUGUAGCGGUUAUGGCAGCACAAGAUCAAUUGGUCAAGAACCUAGUCAAUCGCUUUUCUCUAGAUCACGAAGAUUUCAUUUUGAAAAGUGCCCUCUACAAUGCUGCUCGGAGAGGAAGAAUAAAGAUGGUGAAGGCAUUAGUAGACAAAGUUGAUGCGGAACCUGAAAGUGUAGCCCAUGCUCUUUCAUAUGCUAUUUCAGAUGCUCCUAUGCAUAAGGAGGUUAUCUGGUACCUAGCCAGGCAUGUAAAAUCUGCCCCAGAUUAUGAUACCAUGAGCAGCCUUAUUAUGGCUGGCCAUUUUGGUAUCCCUCCACGCACGGUCGAUACAUCAUUUGACAACUUCAAAGACAUGAAGAUGGCUCAAGUCACUUUUAUCAAACGGAUUGGAGAAGCGAAGUUGAGGCACAAAUGCUCACUUGAGUUUGCAAAUCUAGCUCUUGCUGAGAUUAAGUCUCGGAGGAAAACUCAUGAAAUAGUCGAGUUUUUAUCGACUUCAGACAUUGUCCUUGACGCUGCAUCUUGUGGAAUCUCAGAAAUUGUGAACUUAUGUCUUAAGCAUUUUCCAGAGUUGAUGUGGGAAAGAAAUUUCACAGAAAGACUGAUGAAAGAAGUUGUGAAGGGACGGCAUGUUGAGUUGUUUAGACUAGUGAACGCACACAAAAGAAUUCCGAAAUUGAGCGAAGAUGUUUAUACGAACUGCGCCCUGAUGGAAGCAGUAGUAGCAAUGUCACCAAGUUGUGAGUACCCAGAUGUUUUUGGAGCAGCUUUUCUUAUGCAAAGAGAACUUCAGUGGUAUAAGGUAGUCGAAGAUAGGAGCUCUCCUUUAAAAAGUCUGAAGUUGCUAGAAGAUGAAAAAACAUACCGGGAAGGCUUUGUUGAUAAAUGCCAAGAUUUGCUCAAAGAGGCAAAGCAAUGGAUGAAGGAUACAUCAUCAUCUUGUAGUCUAGUUGCGACUCUCAUUAUUACAGUAGCUUUCGCUGCAGCUUUUACUGUACUUGGAGGCAACGAUAACAAUACGGGGAUCCCGAUCUUUUUCAAGAAGAACUCAUUCAUGGGUUCAGUUAUCACUCUCUGUUUGAAGUACUCUGAUUUCGAAAUACUCCAAAAUGAGAGCUCUGUCUCCAUGGAAUCUAAGAAAGAGCCAGGAAGACUAGGUAAACUAAGCUCUGGAUUCACUGAUGAAUCACGGGUUGGAGAACGGCAUGGGAAAACUGGGUGGAGUGGAGUGGAGUGGAGUGGAGUGGAGUAG